AUGAGGCUGCUGACGAAGAGAUACACAAGAGCUGCAAUCUAUGUGGGUGUUAUAUAUGCUGGUAUAAGACUAUUCCAAUUCUAUUUGAAAGAUAUAUCAAAGAAUGUUGACUACCGAUUGAAAGAGGAAUUGCUCUUGGAGUCCCUACUGCAAAAUGAUAACCCCUGGCUGAGGAAUCAUCUGGAGGAUGAUCUAAUCGUUAAUAUAGGUAUAGAGAGUUGUUUCCAGAUAGGUUCCAAAUGGGCACGAUCAAAAUAUAUCGAAGGCUGUUGGUUCCAUGAUGAAAAGCUUUUUAGUAGUCAAGAAGGAAUAGACACAAGGAGGCAUACCAUUCUAAAAGAUCUCAGAGGCACUCUUGGGAUGAGUUUAUAUGGAACAUCCCAGUACUUAUAUUUUGAAACACUCUCUAUUAAAGAUCUGUUAAUACAUUUGCAUGAUGGGCUCGAAGAAGUUCAAAUAAUUAGUCGUAUAUCAAGUGAUAGAACACCAGAUUCUAUUAUCUUCAAUAAUCUGCAUUUCCAAACGACCAAAAUAACAAAGGAGACACUUUUACAGGAUCAAGAAAUAAUAAGUGAAAUCAACGUCUUAUUCGGGGACGAUUGUGUUGAUCCAAGACCAAAUUGGAAUCUUUUAAAAGGCCAAAAGUUUACUGAAUUCAAAUACCCAUCUUAUAUAUCUUAUAAAUCAGUGGACAAGUUUGAUGAUCAGUCCAUCCAACUUAGUCCGAAAUUAUUAACUACUACAUCACAGGAUUUCAAGAUUGUACAGCUUGCUGACCUGCAUAUGGGAGUUGGAACGAAUGAAUGUAGAGAUGAGUUCCCAGAGAGCUCAGAUGGUGUUUGCAAAGCUGAUCCCAAGACACUAGAAUUUAUAGAAAAAGUUCUCGAUAAUGAGUCCCCGCAACUUGUUGUAUUUACAGGCGACCAAAUAAUGGGUGACAGAUCAAUACAGGAUUCUGAAACGACUCUGUUAAAAGCUUUAGAUCCUGUUAUAAGAAGAAAAUUACCAUGGGCAAUGGUUUGGGGAAACCAUGAUGAUGAAGGAAGUUUAAGCCGUUGGCAGCUUUCAGAAUUGGCAGCAAAACUUCCAUAUUCACUUUUUGAAAUGAGCAAAUAUGAUACAAAAAAUAACAAAUUUGGAGUGGGAAAUUACGCUAAACAAGUUUUUAAUGGCGACAACGAGGAAGAGGGAUUAAUCACUCUUUACUUCUUAGAUUCUCAUAAGUAUUCACAAAUGGGUAAAAUCUAUCCAGGCUAUGACUGGAUUAAAGAAGAGCAGCUCAAUUAUAUUGAGCAUGAAUAUAACACUAAGUUGUUAUUAAAACAAAGUAAACAGAAAAAGCAGCUGUCAAUGGCUUUUUUCCACAUUCCAUUGCCAGAAUAUUUGAAUUUGAAUUCUGCCAAAAGAGCUGGUGAAAAUAACCCCCUAGUGGGUGAGUUCAAGGAAGGUGUCACGGCCCCGAAAUACAAUUCUGGCGCCCUAGAAAAGCUACAAUCAUUAGGUGUCCAAGUGACAAGCUGUGGUCACGACCAUUGUAAUGAUUACUGUUUACUUGAUGAUUCCACUUCCUCGGAUAUAUGGCUCUGUUUCGGUGGUAGUGCUGGUGAAGGAGCUUAUGCUGGCUAUGGAGGUACCGAGCGUCGUAUUCGUGUAUACGCUCUCAAUACGGAACGUAGUACCGUUUACACAUGGAAAUUACUCAAUGGAAGCCCGAACUUACCUUUUGAUUACCAACAAUUAGUGUAA